CCCGGACCGUUUCCUCCUGUAGAUGGUGAGCUGAUCAGUAUAAAUGGAGGGGAAACAUUUACACGGACUCAGACUUUACCUAAUAAAGAAAAGGUAAGGGCGAUGGCACAUAAAACACAAGGCAGCGGUGAUCAAAUAUUUUACUUUUUAACAUAACACGGUUAUAUUGGUAAAGAUGACCAUUUCAGGACCACAAUGAAAAUAAGUCUGAGACUUUAUUGUUUGUCCUUGAUACUUCUCAUUGAACCAACUCAAGAUUGCUCAUAUGUAUCGUCAUUGAAAGUGUGGAACAUUAAGAAAUGCUUCAGUCUAAAUUUGUUCCUCGGUGACAUGUUGGUCAAUUAUUUUAGCCCUUGUUUGGUAUCCAACACUUUAGUAGUUUCCAAAACAUUUUUGAUAUUUACCCUCAUUCCAAAUCCUGUUCAUAUAGUUAUAAUAGGCUACCCACUCUUGCUAUAAUAUCAAGUUGUGUGUGUUGUAUUUUUAUGUGAGUUUAAGACGCUUAGAAUAUAGUUACGCUUCAGAUUUGAUACUUCAUCCUGUCUUUUUAUUAUUCCUUUCCUCUGACUUCAAAAUUACCACAAGAUGUCGCUAUCAGCUCACAGAGGUAAACACGUUUUAUAUGCGACGCUCCUCCCUUUUCGUUUAAGAGAGAGGUUUGUAAUUCUUUGUUCGUCGUGGCAGUGAAGCACAUUCUCACUGUAUUGAGAGGCUCUGAUCUGGAUGUAUCAUUACUGAGCAAUGUUACCGCUGGAGUGAAUUUCUCGACUUAACUUGUUUGUCAGGCAGUGGACAGAAUGCAACAAGGGAAUAUUUUCAGGCAUUGGAUUAUUUUUUUGUUCCAUGUAUCUUGGAUAUGGAGUCUUGCAGCAGCACAGGUUGUGUAUUCUGUUACGGAGGAAUCGAGCCCCGGUACCACUGUCGGUAAUUUGGCGAAGGACUUGCAUCUGAAUCUACAAGAAUUGGAGACUCGCGGUUUUCAGAUUUCAGGACCUAAUACGAGGUAUUUCGAGGCAGAUGUUAAGACUGGGAUACUUUUGGUGAAAGACAGAAUAGACCGAGAGGAGCUCUGCUCUCGUAAUGUGAAAUGCUCUCUGGAAGUGGAAGCCAUCGUAAACUCCCCACUGAAUCUCUUUCGCUUUGAGGUUAAAAUUGUGGAUAUAAAUGACAACGUACCCUCUUUUCGGAUACCGGGAAUUGUUUUGAACGUGUCCGAGUCAGCUUUUCCUGGUGAAAGAUUUGCACUAGCAAAGGCCUACGAUGCAGAUGUCGGCAGUUAUUCGGUUAAAAGCUACAAGCUGAGUCAAAAUGAACAUUUCACCCUGGAUGUACAGAAUGGUGGAGAGCCGACUAUGUCUGCUGAUAUGGUGCUGCAGAAAGCCUUAGACCGCGAGAAACAGCCACUUAUCAAACUUACACUGACCGCUGUAGAUGGAGGUAAACCUCCGAAAUCAGGCACGUUACAUAUCACCGUUAAUGUGCAAGAUGUAAAUGAUAAUAUUCCAAUUUUUGACAAGCCGCUGUAUAAAGCCACAGUGCUCGAGAACACGCCGCACGGUGCCACCGUGAUUUCUGUGCAUGCCCGGGACUUAGAUGAGGGUCUGAACGGAGAAAUACUGUAUUCUUUUCUCAAUCACGACAGUGAUAAUGAUGUCGAUACAUUUGCAAUUAAUCAAAUAACGGGAGAGAUUACGGUAAAUGGUGAAUUGGAUCACGAAAAAAGUAAUGCAGUUGAAAUUCGGGUCCAAGCGAAAGACAAAGGGGCAAGUCCAAGAGCAUCUCAUUGUAAAGUGCUCGUUGAAAUCACGGAUGUUAAUGACAAUCCACCAGAAAUAUCAGUAACAUCCUUAGUCAACGUAGUGAGGGAAGAUGCACCGCUAGACACAAUGGUGGGGCUUAUAACAGUGAGAGAUAUCGACGCAGAUAAAAAUGGCGUUGUUCAGGUUAGAAUAGUUGAUUCAGUGCCCUUUACAAUUAAGAACACGUAUAAAAAUCAUUAUUCUUUGGUCGUAGACGGGACUCUAGACAGAGAACGAGCUUCCCAAUAUAAUGUAACAAUAAAGGCGACUGACGAAGGGGUUCCGCCUCUUUCCAGUACAAGCGUUAUUACGGUCCACGUGUCUGAUGUCAAUGACAACGCACCUCGUUUUAAGGAGCCCGUAAUAAACAUUUUCGUCAAAGAGAACAGCCCCGUAAGCGCCGUUAUUUAUACUAUGACUGCAGAUGAUCCGGAUUUAGACGAAAAUGCAAAAGUAACGUUUUCAGUGAUUAAUAAAAAACAUAAAAACAAUAUAAUAGGGUCAGUAAUA